AUGGACCUGGCACCUGAGGACGAGGCAUUGCGCCCAACGCUGCACCCCCUCAAGAUAUUCGACCAUGCGAGAUCGCAGAAGAGAUAUGUGUACGCCUGCGCGCCCAUGGUGCGGUACAGCAAGCUCGCCUUCCGCCAAACCGUCCAUCACUACAACACGGACCUGUGCUGGACGCCCAUGAUCCUCGCUAAGGAGUUCAACCGCUCCACCAUCGCACGGGACAGCGACUUCACCAUCGCCCUGCCCUCCCUGGCUUCACCAACGGGGGCCUUGUCAACCUCCCGCCAGCCUCCCACUAUUGUACAGUUCGGCGCCAAUGUUCCUGCGGAACUCGCCCGUGCGGCGAGCCUCGUCGCUCCCUACGCAAGCGGCGUCGAUCUGAACUGCGGGUGUCCCCAGUCAUGGGCAUGCGCAGAGACCCUGGGCGCCGCGCUGAUGGAAGAGCGCGAGCUGGUGCGGGACAUGCUCGUCACGACGCGGCAGCGCCUCCACGACGACGGCUGGGCUGUGAACCUCGACAGCCCCGAGUCUGAAGCCGCGACCAAGGCGAGCCCCAAGGGCCGCAGCGUGAGCGUCAAGAUCCGCGUGCACGGGGACCUCCGCAAGACCGUCGACUUCAUCGAGACCGUGCUCGGCGACCAUGGCGGGAGCUCCCCAGGCCGCCGCAACGUCGACUGGCUCACGAUCCACCCGCGCACGCGCCGAACCCCGAGCUCCACGCCCAUCAGCGUAGAGAAGCUCAGCCUGCUGACCGACAUGUUUGGCGACCGCGUCCCGAUCCUCGUCUCGGGAGACGUCUUCACCCUGCGGCAUCUGCCGUACACCUCACACCUCCUGGCGCCCGAGCCGACCUUUACCUCUCGUGCAGAGCUGGACCGGCAAGCCGAGGAGAUUGACGAUGAGCAGGACAGCAAGUCCGCCACGCCACAGCUGCGCCAGCCUUCGCCGUCGCUGGGCUCAGCGACUCCCACCACCGCCACAGCAGGUGUGGACCUGUCCGACGCAGCGAAGAAGGCUGCGGCCCUGCCCAACAUCCCCAAGCUGCGCGGCCUGAUGGCCGCCCGCGCUCUGCUCGCGAACCCAGCCCUGUUCUCCGGCCACGAGACAUGCCCGUGGGAGGCUGUCGACGUGUUCAUGUCGAACCUCGCCCGCGCGCCGCUGCCGCUCAAGUUGGCGGUGCAUCACCUCACCGAGAUGUGUGGCCCCGGGUACGGGCCGGACAAACGGAGUCUGCUGACGCGCAAGGAGCGGUCGUACCUCUGCGAGCUCGGCAAUAUGGUUGAUGUUGUCGACUUUCUGGACGAGGUAAGGAAGGAGCAUGGCGGAAUCAGGAGACUGGACGUUUAG